CAUUCAUCAUCUCUUCCUAUCUCUCUCUAUCUCUCAAGAAAAGCAGAAAACUUUAGUGCAAAAGAAGACCCUAAAGAAAAGUCUUUAUUUUUUUUCUUCUGAAAAGAUGAUGUUUGAGAAAGACGAUCUGGGUCUGAGCUUAGGCUUCAAUCUUCCCAAGAAACAAGUGAAUCUCAAAUCUAACCCAUCUGUUUCCCUUACUCCAUCUUCUUCAUCUUUUGGAUUACUUCGAAGAUCUUCCCUGAACGAGAGUUUUAAUUCUUCAGUUCCAUACUCAGAUUCAAGUCGUGUUGAAACAAGAACCUUCAUCCGUGGAAUCGACGUGAACCAACCACCGUCUACGGCGGAAUACGGCGACGAAGACGCCGGAGUAUCUUCUCCUAACAGCACAGUCUCGAGCUCCACCGGGAAGAGGAGCGAGAGAGAAGAGGACACAGAUCCGCAAGGCUCGAGAGGAAUCAGCGACGAUGAAGACGGUGAUAACUCGAGGAAGAAGCUUAGACUCUCCAAAGAUCAAUCUGCUAUUCUCGAAGAGACCUUCAAGGAUCACAGCACUCUUAACCCCAAGCAGAAGCAAGCUUUGGCUAAGCAGCUAGGAUUAAGAGCAAGACAAGUGGAAGUUUGGUUUCAGAACAGACGAGCAAGGACAAAGCUGAAGCAGACGGAGGUUGACUGCGAGUUCUUAAGGCGAUGCUGCGAGAAUCUAACGGAAGAGAACCGUCGGCUACAGAAAGAAGUAACGGAGCUGAGGUCGCUUAAGCUCUCUCCUCAGUUCUACAUGCACAUGAACCCACCCACCACUUUGACCAUGUGCCCUUCAUGUGAGCACGUGUCGGUCCCACCACCACCACCACAACCACAACCUCAAGGUGCUGCGUUAGGACACCACCAGAGGUCGAUGCCGGUCAAUCCGUGGGCUCCUGCUACGAGGGUUUCUCACGGCUUGACGUUUGACGCGUUUCGUCCUCGGUCCUAGUCUCUCUAGUUUUUUUUUUUUUUUUUUUGCAACCAAAAGGCAUUCCGGUCAUUUUACUCAGUUUCUUGGGGACCAGAUGCAUGUUGUUGUUGUUGUCAACAAGUAGUAUGUACUAUUUCUAGAAAAAAAAUACAUCAAUAUUUUCUCCCUUAAA